AUGAGCAAGGCAAUCCCGACACUUCGAAGCCUGUCGCCAAUAGAGACGGCGUUGCCUUCUUUCUUAGUCGAGUUUGAUCUAGACGCGAUUCUCGAGUACGCCAACGCGAUAUCGCCCCUGGGACCUGGACUCAUGCACAGUCAGAAGCCUACUAAGACCAGCAGUGCUUCUUCAAGAAAUGAGAAUGCCAACUUUGUCAUAAUGGAUCGGAAUUGGGUGACCGAAAUGUCUUCUCCGGUACGUCUAGAGCCUCUUUUGAUCUCACAAUACCUUGGGGGCGGGGUUUCGCUGAAUGACCCCGAAACCUACCAAAUCCACAUCGAAAAUUUCGACUUCAAACCUUCCAGUACAGGGGGGCCCCUGGUUAUCAUCUUCCAAAGGCAGAACGGUCUGCUAAAGAGGGGUGGUUUACUCUCAAUGCACGUUCUGGACCCAGCUGUAGAGUCUGCAAUCUCAUCUGAGAUUUUCUUUAUUGGCUCACGAAUGAAGAAAUGUAAAUCGCACUUUGCAAUUUCCAAAAUGCUUUUAAGCAUUGAGCUUUGUGCUGCGACCCAAAAAGUUGCUCUCGAGCUCUCCUAUAAGGUUGAGAUCGUGACGCUGUUAUACCGAUAUUUUUCGUCAGAUGUCUCACAAGCCCUAGACAAUGUGAUCAAGCCUCAUAUCAAGGUAAUACCACAGGAAGGCUCUGAAUUCAACUCAAAAUUUGAGUCCUUUUUAAAGGACAACCAAUUAUUCUACAAGGUGGUGUCAGACAAAACAGGUCGUAUGCCUGCUUGUGCUCAACCUUUUACUCACCCCGGUUUACAGACGACUCUUCUCCCUUUCCAACGAAAAAGUGUACUCUGGCUCUUAUCGAAAGAAGGUGUCGAAUAUGACGAGAAAUCACAGAAGUGCGUUUCUGCACCUGUGGUCACAAGUGAGCUACACCACGCAAUAUUAAAUUAUCCUCAUACAGACAUAGUCUGGCUCGCUCGCCAGAUCCACGACAUUUUCUCACGUCUCUGUUUUGGUUGGAAACGUGUUUAUUUUCAUGGUGAAAUUUGCUGGUAUAAUAACUACACAGGAAACAUCAUGCUGGAGCUACAGGCAUUGAUGUUUCUCAAAUCAUACUACGAGGAGAAUACGUCAGAUCCCCUUCCAGGCUGUGGUCUUUUGUCUGAGGAAAUGGGUCUCGGGAAAACUGUGGAAGUCACUACAUUGAUUCAAUUAAACCCGCGCCCUCUGCACGAGGUAGGCGCCUCAAUUUCUCUUCAAUUCAAUGAUGGAGGUGAUUUUCUGGUUGUGAAAAAGGCAAAAACAACGCUUAUUGCCGCUCCUGAAUCUAUCCUUCGACAAUGGUACACUGAGAUUUGUCAAAUCUGUCCAGCUCUACUGGUGACCAUCUAUAAAGGACUAGGGAAGUAUCCCGAACUAAACAACAUUCCACAGUACAUCGCGGAGUUCUUGCAAAACUAUGAUGUUGUGCUUAUCAAUUAUUCCACAUUGUCAAGGGAGACAGACUAUGCCAACUACUCCUCCAGACACAAGCCCACCCGAGGAGGGAAGAAGCGGACUAGUGAAGGUACAGAAAUAAGCAAACCUGACGAAAAAGGGCAAGAAACCGGUCCUCAAUCAACCACAGCUGAAUCGUUCAAGGCGGAGUUUCAUAUACCAGAAUUUCGUAACCAAGAUGAGGUUGCUCUCACUCAAAAAAAGUUCGAAAGGACAGUGAUUACUGAGCUUGCUCGCAAAAUUGCAGAGAGAGGCCCCAAAAAUAUUCCCCACACUCUGUACUAUGAGUCUCCGCUUAUGUCAUUUCAGUGGUGGCGUGUUGUGUUAGAUGAAGUUCAAAUGGUUUCCUCGGGCUCCACAAGAGCAUUUGCGACUGCCGCCAUCUUACCUCGAUUUCAUUCUUGGGGUGUAUCAGGAACUCCAAGCACGCUGCCUGCUGUUUUGAAAUUUCUUAGAUUUCUGCCUUUCAACUAUGAAAUUCACAAGUUUGCUUGGCAUCUCUUGACAUCCCCCGAAAGUGCAAAUGAGGACUUUGUUGAGGUCUGGCUGACACUCGCUAUUCGCCACACAAAGAAUAUGGUGCAUGACGACAUCAAAUUGCCCCCACAACAAAGAAUUCUUCUCAUAAUUCCCCUUACUGAAGUUGAGCAAGAUAAGUACAAGGAGGUUUUGGAGUCUACCCUUGCGUAUCUUGGUAUUUAUGAUUCGAAAACAACGAUGGAUAAGAGCAGGGCUCUCGACAGCUCAAGCUACUCUCAUUUGCGGACUUGGCUUUUGAAGCUUCGUCAAUUAUGCGGAAAUCUACAGGUUGGAAAACUCCCAAGAACUCAGACUUUGAAAGGGAGAAAUAAAACGAAGAUUUUGAUAUCUGCAGAGAAAGAACUCAAAACCCUUGGCAAUGUUCUCGUGGACAUGAUUGAAAGUGUGAAGGAUGAAGUGAGUGAAUGCGAAAAAGCACUUGUGAAUCGUGUCUUGGAAAUCUGCCUGGCGAUUGAAUACGUGUAUCAGCCUGAUAAAGUGAUUGAAGUGCUAAACGUCAUGCAGCCAGAAAUUCAGAUUUUAAUAGACAAAGUCCGUCAGAAUACCGAGACCGACAAUGGAAGAUUAAGGCGAGUCCGGGCAUUGUUGAUUAAGGCAAAUGCUCUUUCACACGAAACUGAAAAUAUUUCUGACAGUGAUGAGAACUUGGAUUUGAUCAUAUCCGACUCGAAACAUUCAGUCAUGAAAACUGAACUUGAUAGACCGGCUGAAAAAGAUAUGGACGAUGAAGAGAUAUGGGUUAACUUGGCAGAAUUCAGAAAGUUGAGAGAUCGGGUGAAUGCACAUCACGCGAGGUUACGCUCUUGGAAGUUGAUACAACAUAAAUGCUUCUUUUUACUAGCAUCUGCUCAUUUCCAGCUUUAUGAUACUGAAUAUCAAGAGAAAGUCACGCAAUUGAAAAUAUCAUUGGACAUUAUUAAUAUUGUGGUGGAUACAAUCAAAGACAAAAGUUUUCUAAAGAAAGACCCUACCCAAACAUCCGAAAUCAAGAACAUCUCGUGCUUAGAUUCAGAUGUUCGUAUAUUGAAGGCUAGACAAUUGCAUACGGAUGACAGAGAGAAGAGAAACAAAGCGUUAGAAAAGCGAUAUUAUGAGCUUGCCGAAGAAUGCCGUCGAGAAAUUCUUCUGCAUGCGAUCAACGAUGUCCAACGUGUGACCAAGAAACGCAUACGACUUAAAAUGAGCAUUUCAUCAGGUGAUUGGACAAAUGACGGCCAGAAAACUUUUCCAAAAACCACCAAAAAGUUGUUUGCUUCAAUUCCGAAGAUAGAUGUGUCAUGUCUUAAUGGUCUCUCCAGUGACAUGAAAUGCAAACAAGUUGUCGAUCAGUUUGAACAAUUGUGUAUAAAACUCAAUUUACAAGCUGACUCGAUCAACGCAAACAUGAGCCAAUUGUUGACUGUUCUCACCAAUCCUUUGACUGACAACAAGAAAGACGCUGAUGGAGAAGAGUUUGAUCAAUCUGUGCAAGAUCAGGAAAAGGCUUCUUGCUUGAUAUUCAUCGUUUCGCAAAUGUUGCAAGAUCGUGCAAAUGCGGUUUUUGAGUCCACCGCGGCGAUAUUAGAAAUCGAGCGACACCAAGAAAAUGAUUUUAAGCAAGAGGCUCAAAGAGUCACAGACAGGUCAUUUCUCAAAGCUUUGCUGAAAACUAGGCAUCUCUGUAAACCUGACACCACUAUUUCCUUGGAAGAAUUGGUGGACGAUGGUCGGCUCCUUGAAUUGGAAUAUAAAAGAUCGAAAUUCUCCUUUGGCGACGUCACAUCCCUUGAUUUACUUGCAACACUUAGGACUAUUUUCGAAAACGAGAAAAUUGCAGAAGUGCUAUUGAAAAAGGAGCUAAACACAUCUUUUAAUACGGUGUUCAACUCAAGGGUGGAAUACUUCCGACAACUACAGCAUAUCUCUGACUCCGUUCAAAAUGAAUUUUCCAAAAACUUGGAAGAUAGAGCAAAUGCAGAAAGCGCAGAAGCAUUGUUCCAGAAUCUUUUCAAGAUGAUGGUUCAAACUCAAAGCAAUCUUGCGAAAAGAAUCACUCGUGCAAGGUACUUGGCAACUCUUCUGACAGGAACUGAUAGUGAUCAUCAAGAGCAAGAACAAGAUGACAUAAUUUGUAUAAUUUGUCGCUCUGCAAUUACUGUGGGAUCUUUAACGUUUUGUGGUCAUAAAUUUUGCAAAUACUGUCUUGAGGAAUGGCUCAGGAGAUCACCUCGCUGUCCCAUGUGUAAAUCUCCCACAGAUAAAAGCACAGUUUAUGGAUUCACUCAAUACAAGGGAGGUUUGAAAGCUCAACACCUUGAGACCAGUCACAGUGAUAAUUUUGGGCAACCUUCGAAGCGAAAAGCCCAUGUGAAUCAGAUUUACAAACAGCUAGACGUAGAAACUCUCUCGAAGGUUCAGCGAAUUUAUCUCUCCAGCAGCUUUGGGUCCAAGGUGGACCUUAUUGUGAGACAGGUACUAUACUUGCGAGGUGUGGAUCCGGGUGUGCAAAUUGUUAUAUUCAGUCAAUGGCAAGAUUUGCUAGUGAUCCUUGCCUUUGCAUUUGAGAAGAUGAACAUAUCUUUUGUUUCAGCAAAAGGGUCCCAUGUUUCCACGAGCAGAAGGCAGAAAAACGACCCCGUUGAAGAGUUUAAAGAUCGGGCAAACAUCAAAACCUGUUUUUUACUCAAUUCGCAGGCACAGUCAAGUGGAUUGACAUUAAUCAACGCCACGCAUAUAUUUCUUUGCGAGCCUUUGAUCAACACAUCUACGGAGCUUCAAGCCAUUUCGCGAAUCCACAGAAUUGGGCAGAAGAAACCAACCACAGUGUGGAUGUUUUGCAUCGAAAAUACAGUUGAAGAGAGUAUUGUUGCCAUUGGAACAAAAAGAAGAAUAGAGUAUUUGCAUGCAAAUGCUAAAGACAGUAAUGGCAAAGACGAGCACAACAAGACCCAACGAAACGGAAAGGCACUAGAAGAAAACGAACUUCGAGCGGCAGAGUCGUUUGUGCUAACGAUGAGUUCAGCAUCUAGAAAGAAGAACUUUCUUGAUACCACAGAGUUUGUGGAUGACGAAGAUCUCAAGGAAAUCUACUUCGGGUCAAACACAAAACAGAUUAUAUGA